AUGGCCAACUCCGGUGUUCAGCUGUUGGGAUUUUUCCUGUCGCUAAUUGGCAUCGUCGGACUGAUCAUCGGAACUAUUCUGCCGCAGUGGAAGAUGUCAGCAUACAUCGGGGACAACAUCAUCACAGCAGUGGCCAUGUACCAGGGGCUGUGGAUGUCAUGCGCUUUCCAAAGUACCGGACAGCUCCAGUGUAAAAUCUAUGACUCCAUUCUGCAGCUCGACAGUUCGCUCCAGGCGACUCGUGCCUUGAUGAUAGUUGGCAUCAUUGUGUCCAUCGCAGGUCUGGGUGUGGCCUGUAUGGGAAUGAAGUGUACCACCUGUGGAGGGAGUGAGAAGCUACGCAAGUCCCGCAUCGCCAUGACAGGAGGAAUCAUCCUACUAGUGGGGGGGCUGUGUGCCAUCGUAGCGUGCUCCUGGUUUGCUCAUAAUGUGAUCCGGGCAUUCUAUAAUCCCUACACCCCGGUCAACACCAAGUUUGAGUUUGGCGCUGCCAUCUUCAUCGCCUGGGGCGGCUCCCUCCUUGAUGUCCUGGGCGGAGCCAUGUUGGCCGCUUCCUGUCCACGAAAGAAACAAGUAUCCAAGUACCCACCCAUGGCCAGCUCCCGCUCUGGUCCGCCAAGCAGCACUAAAGAAUAUGUCUGA